AUGGGGCGUAGUCGAAACCGUUGUCAUCUGGGGCAUUGGUCAAACCAGACUCGCCCUCACCAGUUCUCGAAGUCGGAACAAAGCGUAAAGCUCGCGGAACUUCUAUUUUCGGGGGGAACGGUACCCCGCGCCCCUAUGGUGCACGGUGGUAUUAAACAUCCGACGAUAAUCAAUGAGUGCCUAUGGAAAAGGUACAAGGUCGGAAAACGUGAAAACAGUUUGCCGGAGGAAAUGGAGAAGCAUCAUGAGUAA